AUGUCCACAAGUGAUGUGGUACUGAAGGAGAUCUUGGAGGGGUUGAAGUCACUGCGGACUGAGAAUGCUCAGCUAGCAGCGUCUGUUGAUAAGAUCAAUGGCCGCGUUAACAUGCUGGCUGGUAUCAAGCAGAUCAAGGAUGAAGCUGCGUCCGAGGCUGCCAGUGGCACUCUGAGUGACGGAAAGGCCAAGGACGUUGAGUCUAGCAAAGCUGUAGAAGCCGUAUCAGAACAGUAUGAUCAGCCACCUUCAAACGUUGAUGCACCACCUCGUCGAGCCAGCGUCUCCAAGUUUUCAAAGAUUAUCUUGACGUCGUACCCGGGUCAAGCUGGUGUUGAUCCGUUGCCCAUGGAAUGGGGUGCCAAGGAUCCUGCCGUGCGUGGACCUGUAGUCGUUUCUAGACAUCCAAACACUAUUCGACGACGCAAUGCUAUCGGUGCUCACGGAGGUUCCUACUCCAUCUACAACGCCCUCGCUGUGGCAAGCAAGAACCUCGACAUUACACACAAGCCAGACUUCACCAAUACUGAGCCUGCUGCAAAGAUUGGUCCUUUCCCACAAUGGAGCGACAAGAAGAAGAUUGUAGCUAUGGAUCCAUAUGGUCAUCUUGCCCCUUGGCUUUUCAAGGAGACCAUGGACAAGGACGAUGUUGAGAUUCGUCCCACCAUUGCCAUCACGCGUGCACACAUGAAGGUGCCAGAGAUGGAGAAUAGCGUAAAAGAGGGUCGCAUCAAGGUUGACGGCAAGAUUUGCGUCAGUGAUUCGGGCGAGAUUGCUGUCACUAAGGUCGCUGUUGAGCCCGUAUGGUAUCUGCCUGGGGUGGCCGAACGCUUCAACAUUGAUGAGGGAACACUCCGAAGAACGCUCUUUGAGGAGACCGGCGGUUCGUACCCCGAGCUCAUCACCCGUCACGACAUUAAACUCUUCAUGCCACCCAUCGGUGGUCUGACAGUCUACAUCUUCGGCGAUCCAGCAAAAAUGUCCGAUCCCAACUCCAAGCUGGCACUUCGUAUCCAUGAUGAAUGCAACGGUAGCGAUGUAUUUGGCUCAGACAUCUGCACAUGCCGUCCUUAUCUCACAUUCGGUAUCGAGGAAGCCGUCAAAGAAGCCCAAAAUGGCGGCAGUGGUGUAGUCAUCUACUUCCGCAAAGAAGGCCGUGCCCUUGGUGAAGUAACCAAGUACCUCGUGUACAAUGCGCGAAAGCGCGGAGAAGACAGAGCCAGCGAAUACUUCAAGAGGACAGAAAACAUUGCUGGAGUCAAGGACAUGCGCUUCCAGGCUCUCAUGCCCGAUAUCCUGCACUGGCUCGGUAUCACAAAGAUUGACCGCAUGCUGAGUAUGAGUAACAUGAAGCACGAUGCUAUUGUGGAGCAGGGCAUCCCCAUCCAUGAGCGUGUACCGAUCCCCGACGAUAUGAUUCCGGCAGAUAGUCGUGUUGAGAUUGACGCGAAGAUCCAAGCCGGUUACUUUACAACUGGUCAUGUCAUGUCGAUGGACGAGCUGGCAAACGUAAAGGGCCGUGGUUGGGAAGACAUUGACCACUGAUUAUGCGUGUAAGAAGGUCAUCUGUGCAUGCAAGGUACAGUGCGAUUGGCCUUCAUGCACGUUCGACGCAGGUAGCAACCACUUCGGCUCAGUAGAUCCGUUCGAACGGUCUCGAGUGCCGCCCAGAACGCCAGAUAAGGGACUGUAUAGAAAUGGAAUCGUAUUACGCCUUGA